AUUGGUCAGGACACCUCACAAUGCCACCGCAGUGCUCAGGGUUCAUGCGAUUGGUUCUCUGCCUGUCUCCAAGACCCUUAUGUCCUGGAACCCAGUGCUGCUCCUUUGGCGCCAGGAACCAGCCCACUGCUGCGGCUCCGCAUUGGCUGUUCAGGUGCGGCGGGGACGAGGCGCUAGGCUCCAGGCUUGUAGGAGGAGCGCUCGCCACGAGGCAGAGGUUCUGUCUCUCCUGGGGCUCAAGGAGGUCUGCUGUGGAGGGCAGGCACAUCUCUAACUGGAAGCUCCUCACCCCCAAAGGAUCCAGAACUGUUGACCGCGUCAUUGAUUUUGCUUUCUGCCUCCACCCACCUAUCCAAAUCCUUAUUCCUCUCCCACGGUGCUGGGAAUCCCGUGCUCUGAAGAACUCGGAUUGAGAUUCAACCCGAGACUUGGUGCUGAGGGCAAAACUGAAGUGGGACGAUGUUCUACUAUCCCAACGUGCUUCAGCGCCACACCGGCUGCUUUGCUACCAUCUGGCUGGCAGCGACACGCGGCAGCCGGUUGGCGAAGCGCGAAUAUCUGAAGGUGAAUGUAGCGAAGACCUGCGAGGAAAUCAUCAAUUACAUACUGGUACGAGUGCAACCCCAGAUGCCCGGGUUGCCCCGGCCCCGCUUCUCUCUGUAUCUCUCCGCCCAGCUUCAGAUUGGUGUGGUACGGGUUUAUUUUCAACAAUGCCAGUAUCUUGUGGAGGACAUCCAGCACAUCCUGGAGCGUCUGCACCGUGCCCAGCUGCAGAUCCGUAUUGAUUUGGAGGAAACUGACCUGCCUAGCCUGCUGCUUCCUAACUGCCUGGCCAUGAUGGAAGCCUCAGAAGAUGCUCCAGACCCCUUUUUUGGGAUAAUAUCUGAGGAUCCCAGACUUCCCAGCCCUUUUGAUAUCCCUCAGAUUCGACAUCUUUUAGAGAUGGCAACCCCAGAGAGAAUUCAUAAGGAGACUCUUCCUGAAGUUUCUACAGAGCCUAGGAAGCCAGACAGGGCCUUGACUAUUGUGCAAUCUCCUGAGGUCAUCACCCUCCAGGAGGCGGAGCCUAUAAGAAUGCUGCAGAUUGAGGGUGAACAGGACCUCCCAGAGGUCAGUCGUCGAGACUUGGACCUGCUGAUUGCAGAGGAAGAUGAAGCCAUUUUAUUAGAGGAAUAUCGGCAAGCUAGGCUUCUCCAGCAGCAAAAGGCCCAGCUGGCAUUGGAUGAGUCCAAAGAAGAAACCCGGGCCCUAGAGGGUGAUGUUGGGGUCCCCACACUCUCUCCUCCAGCUCCAGCACAGGUAGAAGGUACAAGAGAGCCAUAUCAGGCCCCAGUACCAGGCCCUGAGGAACAGAAGUUGGUAGGCUGGGAGCCUGAGGCCCCACCCUCUGAGGUGACUCCUCCAAAGGAGCUGCGCAUGCCAACCCCACCUAGCCCAGAAAGGCCAUCUCCAACCCCACCUACUCGCCGCCGCCGUCACCGCCGCCAGUUAAUAUUCUGGGAUAAGGAGACUCAGAUCUCUCAAGAGAAAUUCCAGGAACAACUACAGACUGGAGCUUACUGCUGGGAGUAUCCAGUGGUGCAGCCUCCCAAGAUGACCACUAGCCCAGCAGAGCUCUUCAGAACCCCAACUCUCUCUGGCUGGCUCCCCCCAGAACUACUGGCUUUGUGGACCUGCUGUGCCCAGAUACCCCCAAAAGUGCUUAGGCAAAGGUUACCCCUGGUAACUGAAGAAGUGGCUGUGGAGAGGGAGACAGUAGCCGAAGAGGAAGGGAGAAAGACUGAUCUGAGUGAGAUUGAGGUCCUGAGGGAGGCCCAGGAGCCUAGCGGUCCCCUCAUGCUAUCUUCAGAGCUCUCCUUGGAGGCUGCUGAAGAGGAGAAAUCUCGCACCAGCCUCAUCCCCCUGGAAGAACGUUGGGCCUGGGCUGAGGCAGAGCGCCCAGAGGCUCUGGCAUUGCCUGUUGUGCCUGAACUCCCUGAAGUGCCCAUGGAGAUGCCCCCAGAGCCUGAGUUGCUCUCUUUAGAGGCUGUGCACAGGGUGGUAGCAAUGGAGCUUCAGGCCAACAGGGAGCCCAACUUCAGCAGGUUGGUGCCACCUCUCAGCCCCCGCAAGAUGGCUGCCCGGGUCUUCUACCUGCUUCUGGUGCUCGCCUCACAGAAGAUCCUUCUUGUGGAACAAGAGAAGCCAUACGGACGCCUCCUGAUUCAGCCAGGACCCAGAUUCCACAGCGGGUAGAGGUCAGCUUCAUUAAACCUGCGUCCAGCCUCACUGGGUCUCUGGCUAUUUCUCAUUUCUGAAUGCACAUUUCUAGUCUUUCCACUCUCAGAGCUAGUGUUCAAGCAGAAAAUAAACUGCCUUUAUUACA